UACCUUCACAUCGAGAUCCACUCCAGGUCCCCUUUCCACGAUCUUCAUUACUCUUUCCACGCUCCUUCCUUUCCCAGCGAGCAGCAAGGCUGGAAGGCGAGUGGACUCUCAGCAGUCAGCACCACCAUCAGUCUCAUCUACGACAAAAACAGAUCUUCUAUCGCCAGGAAUCAGCAACACCAUCCGGUAUUCCUGGCUUCCUGCGCUCCCUGCCCGACGGAGCUGCUUCCCUGCUUGCUGUGCUUGUUCCAGAGUCUACUCCACCACUGCGCCCACCUGUCGACACCAGAUCCAUGCGCCCUCGAUUUAUUUUAUUUGGUGUUUUCUCCACUCCGUAGCGGUCUUUAUCAGCUGCUUGCCUUCUGCAGAGAAAAAAAGAAAAAAAACAGCUUUCCAUCGUUCACCCAUUCUACAUACAUCCUACAUCUUCAUGUUGUUCAUUUCGCUCACAAAGUAAGAGGAAGCACAAACCAAUACAAUUUCAUGGCCGACUUGGCCCUCGCCGGCUUAAGGUGGACAGCAUCGCCGAUUGUCAACGAGCUUCUUACUAAAGCUUCAGCUUACCUCAGUGUGGACAUGGUGCGUGAGAUCCAACGACUAGAAGCCACUGUCCUGCCACAGUUCGAGCUGGUGAUUCAAGCGGCCCAGAAGAGCCCCCACAGGGGCAUACUGGAGGGAUGGCUCCGGCGUCUCAAAGAAGCCUACUAUGAUGCCGAGGACUUGUUGGACGAGCAUGAGUACAAUGUCCUUGAGGGCAAGGCCAAGAGCGGAAAAAGUCUCCUGUUAGGAGAGCAUGGAAGCUCCUCCACUGCAACUACUGUCAUGAAGCCUUUUCAUGCUGCUCUGAGCAGGGCGCGGAACUUGCUCCCUCAAAACAGAAGGCUACUUAGCAAGAUGAACGAGCUCAAAGCAAUCCUGACAGAAGCCCAACAACUUCGAGAUCUUCUUGGUUUGCCACAUGGCAAUACCGUCGAGUGGCCAGCUGCAGCACCUACCAGUGUUCCCACAACCACAUCACUUCCCACUUCCAAGGUUUUUGGUCGCGACAGGGAUCGUGAUCAUAUAGUAGAUUUUCUUCUCGACAAGACAACAACUGCUCAGGCAAGCUCAGCUAAGUACUCGGGUUUGGCCAUUGUUGGAGUAGGAGGAAUGGGGAAGUCCACCUUAGCACAGUAUGUCUACAACGACAAAAGGAUAGAAGAAUGCUUCGAUGUCAGGAUGUGGGUGUGUAUCUCACGCAAACUUGAUGUCCAUCGUCACACAAGGGAGAUCAUGGAGUCUGCAAAAAAGGGGGAGUGCCCACAUGUUGAUAAUCUCGAUACUCUCCAGUGCAAAUUACGUGAUAUACUACAAGAGUCACAUAAAUUCCUGCUUGUCUUGGAUGAUGUUUGGUUUGAAAAAUCUGAUACUGAGACAGAGUGGGAGCUACUCCUUGCUCCAUUAGUCUCUAAACAGUCGGGGAGCAAGGUUUUGGUGACUACUCGAUGUGAGACACUUCCGGCCGCUGUUUGCUGUGAACAAGUCGUUCAUUUGAAAAACUUGGAUGAUACUGAGUUCUUGGCUCUCUUUAAACACCAUGCUUUCUCUGGAGCAGAAAUCAAAGACAAGCUCCUACACACGAAGUUGGAACACACUACAGAGGAGAUUGCUAAAAGGCUUGGGCAAUGUCCUUUGGCAGCAAAAGUUCUGGGUUCCCGAUUGUGCAGGAAAAAGGAUAUUGCUGAAUGGAAAGCUGCUCUAAAGCUUGGAGAUUUAAGUGAUCCCUUCACAUCUCUGUUGUGGAGUUACGAGAAGUUAGAUCCACGUCUCCAGAGGUGCUUCUUGUAUUGCAGCUUGUUUCCAAAAGGUCAUAGAUAUGAACCUAAUGAGUUGGUUCACCUCUGGGUGGCAGAAGGAUUUGUUGGUUCAUGCAAUUUGAGUAGGAGAACAUUGGAAGAGGCUGGGAUGGAUUACUUCAAUGAUAUGGUCUCUGGAUCUUUCUUCCAAUUGGUUUCUAAAAGACAUUAUUCAUACUAUAUCAUGCAUGAUAUCCUUCAUGAUUUGGCAGAGUCACUCUCUAGAGAAGACUGCUUUAGAUUAGAAGAUGAUAAUGUGACAGAGAUACCAUGCACUGUUCGAUAUCUAUCUGUCCGUGUUGAAAGUAUGCAAAAGCAUAAGGAAAUUAUCUACAAGCUACAUCAUUUACGCACUGUUAUCUGCAUCGAUUCACUAAUGGAUAAUGCAAGUAUUAUUUUUGAUCAGAUGCUGUGGAACUUGAAGAAGUUACGCGUAUUGUCUUUGUCAUUUUACAACAGCAACAAGUUACCUAAAUCUGUUGGUGAGCUGAAGCACCUUCGGUAUUUGGACCUCACCAGAACAUCAGUGUUUGAAUUGCCUAGAUCAUUAUGUGCUCUUUGGCACUUACAACUACUUCAGCUAAACGGCAUGGUGGAGAGGUUGCCUAACAAAGUUUGCAAUUUAAGUAAGUUACGGUAUCUGCGAGGGUAUAAGGACCAAAUUCCCAACAUUGGCAAGCUUACUUCUUUACAACAGAUAUAUGUCUUUUCUGUGCAAAAGAAGCAAGGAUAUGAGUUGCGACAGCUAAAGGACUUGAAUGAGCUUGGCGGCAGUUUACAUGUACAAAAUCUUGAGAAUGUUAUUGGAAAGGAUGAAGCCUUAGCGUCGAAGCUAUAUCUGAAAAGUCGCCUUAAAGAGUUGACACUUGAGUGGAGUUCUGAGAAUGGCAUGGAUGCAAUGAAUAUUCUGCAUUUGGAUGUUCUAGAGGGUCUGCGACCGCCACCCCAACUGAGUAAGCUCACAAUCAAAGGUUACAAAUCUGACACAUAUCCUGGGUGGUUACUUGAGCGAUCCUAUUUUAAGAAUUUGGAACGUUUUGAGCUUAAUAAUUGCAGUUUGCUAGAAGGCUUACCACCAGAUACAGAGCUCCUUCAGCAUUGUUCUAGACUGUUGCUGUUGGACGUUCCAAAACUGAAGACAUUACCAUGUCUUCCACCAAGCCUUACAAAGUUGUCAAUUUGUGGCCUCCCCCUGCUUACUUUUGUCACCAAAAAUCAGCUCGAACAACAUGACUCUAGGGAAAAUAUAAUGAUGGCAAACCACCUGGCAUCUAAACUUUCAUUGAUGUGGGAGGUGGAUUCAGGAUCUAGUGUUAGGAGUGUACUGUCGAAAGACUAUUCAUCUCUUAAGCAGUUGAUGACAUUGAUGAUAGAUGAUGAUAUAUCAAAGCAUCUUCAAAUUAUUGAAAGUGGUCUAGAGGAAGGAGAUAAAGUAUGGAUGAAAGAAAACAUCAUCAAGGCAUGGCUCUUUUGCCAUGAGCAGAGGAUAAGAUUCACUUAUGGAAGGGCCAUGGAGCUGCAAGUGGUUCUACCAUUAGGACUUUGUAAACUUUCCCUUUCGUCAUGCAAUAUUAUAGAUGAAGCUUUAGCUAUUUGCCUUGAAGGCCUCACUUCACUGGCAACUUUAGAAUUGGAAUAUAAUAUGGCACUAACUACACUUCCAUCAGAAGAGGUGUUUCAACAUUUGACAAACCUUGACAUGUUGAUUCUAAGUGGUUGUUGGUGUCUCAAGUCACUGGGGGGCUUACGUGUUGCUUCAUCUCUUUCCAUUCUUCACUGUUGGGAUUGUCCUUCUUUAGAGCUAGCACGUGGAGCAGAACUAAUGCCGUUGAACCUUGCUAGCAAUCUCAGCAUCCGUGGCUGCAUUCUUGCAGCUGAUUCGUUCAUUAAUGGCUUGCCACAUCUGAAACAUCUUUCCAUUGAUGUCUGCAGAAGCUCCCCAUCCUUGUCGAUUGGCCACCUGACCUCCCUUGAAUUAUUAGAUCUAAAUGGUCUCCCUGAUCUUUGCUUUGUUGAAGGCUUGUCUUCCCUGCACCUUAAGCACCUAAGUUUAGUAGAUGUUGCAAACCUCACUGCCAAGUGCAUCUCACAGUUUCGUGUCCAGGAAUCGCUCACGGUUAGUAGCUCUGUAUUGCUCAACCACAUGCUAAUGGCUGAAGGGUUUACAGCCCCACCAAAUCUUACUCUUUUAGAUUGCAAGGAGCCAUCAUUUUCAUUUGAAGAACCUGCAAAUCUCUCAUCUGUCAAGCGCCUGGAUUUUUCGCUUUGCGAAAUGGAGUCCCUGCCAAGAAAUCUUAAAUCUCUCUCAAGUCUAGAGAGUCUUCAUAUAGGGCGUUGCCCCAACGUAGCAUCUUUACCUGAUCUGCCAUCCUCCCUCCAGCGCAUAGCUAUAUGGUGUUGUCCCGUCUUGAAGAAGAACUGCCAAGAACCUGAUGGGGAAAGCUGGCCAAAGAUUUCGCACCUUCGCUGGAAGCACAUCUACUAAUACCAAACUUGCUUCUUUAGACUUGCCACUUGAAAUGAAUGAGAAGGCACCUCGAUGUCACCCCAACGCGACGCUCUCUCCUCUUGAAGCUCCAGAGUUCAGGACCAAGUCAGAAGCGAAUGCGUCAGCUAAUGCUGUUGUCCCCGCGGUUCCCUGUCUUUUUCCGCUUGCAUUUGCUCCGCUAUUUCACUUGUUAUAUCAUUCCUUGAUUGUGAACAAUUGCCAAUGUGUAUUUCUCCGACAGAAUGAAGUAACUAACUGUGGCUAUGGCUUUUACUUUUCAUGUGGCAAUUAGUCCUACGUGAGGCUAAUUAGAGUAUGGAAUGUCUCAUACCUUUACUGUCUUUCUUUGAAGAAAGUAAGAAUAUUGGCCAAGACAUGUUUCUAAAUGAAAUAUGUGCUUCCGUCCUGUGCUUGUUGCUGGCAGGUAUACCUUUCUUAAGUGCUCUGCUGUGUGGUCUGCAUUUUUAUGUACUUCUGUAGCUUCAAGCUCCAAGAAAUUCUUUUUUCCUCAAACACAACUCCACAAGUAUGCCGAGAGCCCGAGAGGACUGGUGUCUAGCUGUCUGCUGUAGUUUGUAGACAGGAUGGGCAUCUAGGUCCGAGCUCUCGAUUCUUGGAAUGUCUGCAAUCUAAUUUCUUUUCUGAACUUCGUUAUCUGACUGCAAUUUAGGUCUGAGAAAAUUUGCUGCUCUCCUUGGUUAUUUUGCUGUAGCGUGGAGUUGGCAUUUGGUCAGCUCUCUUGCUUUCAUCCAGGGUGCUGUAGUAGUAUGGCAACAGGCCAAUCUAUAUGUAGUGGCAUGCAUCAGCCAGGCAUACAGGAGUAGUUCGGGCUAAGAUCACCCAUGUACUAGUGUACCUUAUAGUUGUUACUAGUAUUGUAUAAAUACUCUAGGCAAUGCAAUAGAGAAGGCAGUUCAUUUUCCUGCA